AAAAGGUUUCGGACCCGUGAAAGAAGUUGGGAGUUGAGGAAGACCAUCUUUGCGUUUUGUAUUCAGGAGAUGGGGAUUGAGAUUUGCAGUGUUUGUUUGGCUGUGUUACAUAUCUUGAACUACUAUGUGAUUUAUGUUUAGUUGUUAGGACGGCAUGGUCUUCUGUGUAACAAACGUCUCCACGGAUUAAAAUCGCAGUUGCAGUUUGCUAGCCAUUUUCAAUCCAUAUGAACCAGCAACCGCAGCUAGCGUUAGCCAGCUAGCUAAGUGACGGUAGAUGUCUGAGCUAACAGCAGACCUUAACCACUAUCGGAAAAUGUGUCACAUAAAUCGCUGACAUUAACAGGACCAAUGAAAGCCCAGUCAGUGAGUUAGGUUUCUAGAUCGCCAGGAUGAAUCCUCAGCAGCGGAUUGCCGCUCUUGGAACAGACAAGGAAUUAAGUGACCUGCUGGAUUUUAGCGCGAUGUUCUCUCCACCUGUAAGUGGAGGGAAAAACAGGCCCACAACACUUGGAAGCAGUCAGUUCAGUGCAUCAGGUAUGGAUGAGCGGACCAACCAAGCAUCCUGGGCCCCAGGUGGCGAGUCCAGUCCUUCCUAUGAGUCCUCCCGGGCUUUCACAGGCAGCCCUCAUUAUGGCGAUCAUUUGAGUGACAGUCGAUUAGUGUCCCAUGAAGGAUUGUCCCCAACACCUUUUAUGAACUCGAACAUAAUGGGUAAAUCAGAGAGGGCUUCAUUUCUUGGCUAUGGGAGGGAUCCCGGAGCAUCUGGCUGCCAGUCUUCUCUAAGAUCGGACAUUGGGUUGGCAAGUCCUAGUUCAGUGACCACGUCAGGGAAGGCAGCUGCUCCAUUCUACUCCUUCACUGGGACCAAUCCCAGACGACGUUCUCUACAAGAUCCUCUGCCCAUUGAUCCUCUACAAACAAAAAAGGUUCGCAAGGUCCCUCCUGGCCUGCCUUCAUCUGUGUAUGCACCGUCUCCAAACUCAGAAGACUUCAACAGAGACUCACCUUCUUACCCUUCUCCCAAACCUUCCGGCAGUAUGUUUGCAAGCACUUUCUUUGAUGGUACCCACAGUUCAUCUGACCCGUGGAACUCAUCCAAUGGGAUCAAUCAGCCUGGCUAUGGGGGAAUGCUUGCAGGAUCAUCUUCUCACAUGCCACAGUCAGGAAACUACAGCAGCCUGCACACACACGACCGUUUGAAUUAUCCCGCACACUCAGUAUCUCCAGAUGUCAAUGCCAGUCUUCCUCCAAUGUCCAGCUUCCACCGAAGCAGCACCAGCACUUCACCAUUUGUCACCGCAGCGCACACCCCAUCCGUCAAUACAGCCGAUGUGGUCAUGGCUGCUGCAAAUCGGGGGAACGCCACUGGAAGCUCACAGACUGGAGAUGCACUAGGCAAAGCUUUAGCCUCGAUUUACUCACCUGACCACACUAGCAGUAGUUUUCCAUCCAACCCUUCAACACCUGUGGGUUCUCCUUCACCUCUGACAGCCACAGCAGGUGCUGCCUCAGCAGGUACUGUGGUGACUGCUGCUGGCACCCCAUCUGGAAGGCCAGGUGCCAACCAGUGGCCCCGCACUGGUGGACAGACCCCCUCCUCUCCAAAUUAUGAGAAUUCCCUUCACUCACUGAAAAACAGAGUUCAUCAGCAGUUACAUGAGCAUCUCCAGGAUGCCAUGUCAUUCUUAAAGGAUGUCUGCGAGUCUCGAAUGGAGGAUCGUCUGGACAGAUUGGAUGAUGCAAUCCUUGUUCUGAGGAACCAUGCAGUGGGCUCCACCACCAGUCUGCCCAGUGACAUACACAGUCUGCUGGGACAGGCACCAAAUGGGCCAAUAGCAGCCAUUGGAGCAAACUUCCCUGCCUCUGCACUGGUUCCAAGUCGGACAGCAGCGAUGGGGGGCGCCCACGCUGAUGAUGCUGCCAACCUGAACAACAGCCAUGGAGGCCUGCCCAGUGCCGGCUCCACUUCCAGCACAGAGCUCAACCACCAAGUGGAAACAUUCAGAGCAGGCCUUGCUUCAGGCCUGGCUGGCCAGGUGCCUGCCACGCUGGAGCUAAAGGUGGAGAAACAAGACAAGGAUGAGAUGCAUGAUAGCCACUCCACAGAUGACAAGUCAGAUGAUGAGAGCGAUAAAAGAGAUAUGAAGACACCCAGAGCAGGCACACGCACAAGCAUCACUGAAGAUGAGGAGCUGAAUCCAGAGCAGAAGGCUGAACGCGAGCGCGAGAGGAGGAUGGCUAACAAUGCCCGUGAACGCCUGAGGGUGCGAGACAUCAACGAGGCUUUCAAGGAGCUGGGCCGCAUGUGCCAGCUGCACCUGAAAAGUGAGAAGCCCCAGACUAAACUGCUCAUCCUCCACCAGGCUGUGGCUGUCAUACUUAGCUUGGAGCAGCAAGUCAGAGAGCGGAAUCUGAACCCCAAAGCAGCCUGCCUUAAGAGGAGGGAGGAGGAGAAGGUGUCUGGGAGCUCCGGUGACACCCAGCAAGGCCACACAGGGGUGCAUCCAGGCCUGACUGACACAUCCAAUCCCAUGGGCCACCUCUGAGUAGCACACAGAUCAAAGUGUCCCAGUGGAGUCGGCGACCUUUCUUCCCAGUGACAGACAGGACUCACACUUUGUGACACCAAUUGGAGGAGACAUACCACUUAAAGCAAAACCACAAGACUAACACAGUCCAAUCCUAUGAUUCAAGAAGAAUCAAGCGUCGGCCUCCCUAUGACCAGUUUCCAGCUACAAAUUUCUCCCCACAAAGAAAAACCCUGUCUGCAGGAAGUGUGCUGCUUCUGAACAAUCGGGAGAAUUCGCAUUCUCCUCCAACCAUAUGUGGAAAUAGCUUUGUGCCUAAACUGAAUUGACGAAUGCAUUGUAACAGCAAUGGUUUUUGUUUGUCUGAUUCUGUUUUUUCUAUUUAUUAUGUUAUUGAGCAGACCUGUCCAGGGUGUACCCCGCCUUUCGCCCGUUGCCCACUGGGAUUGCCCAUCCCCCUCAUUAGACAUGACAUGAAUGAGAUGUUAAUGAGCUAUAAAGUGUAUGUCUAAACGGAAAGUUAAGGAAAUUCAAAUACAAGUACACGACUUUUCAGUUGCUGCGAUGAACCAGCGAUCUGUCCAGAGUGUACCCCGCCUUUCGCCCGAUGCCAGCUGGGAUUGGCUCCAGCACCCCUUCGACCCCGUUUGGGACUAAGCGGUAUAGAAAAUGAGAUGACAUGACAUGAGAUGUUAAUGAGCUAUAAAGUGUAUGUCUAAAGGGAAAGUUAAGUAAGUUCAAAUAGAAGUACACGACUUUUCAGUUGAUCUACAGUUUGCCAGUGUCGCCAUUAAAACUGAGCACUCCACCCUUUGGCCAGUCCGAGACAAGGGUAAAAUAUUUGGGCACUGAGAAGAUUGCGAUUAAUUUAUUAGUCAGUUUAGAGUGAUAUUUAUACCCAACUGAAAAUUAUCAUUAGCUGUUAGAGGUGAAAGACUAAAGCGUCCCACUUUUUAAAAAAAAGAGGAUAUAUUAUUUAUAUUUAUAUUUAAUUCAUUCUGCCACUGGCCUCGUCUGUGACUAAAGCUACCUGUGUUUGCUUCUGUGUAGUUUAGACCAGUUUCAGUGGAAUAAUAUGCCCAGCUAUAUCAGCAUCUGCAAUAUUGUCUACAAAGGUGACAAACAAGUGGCAAACUCUAGUUUUACUGAAAGCUCAGAUUUAAUUGUUUUUUUUCCUCAAUAGUGAGCAGUAAAAAUACAGCUAGUUAUUUGCAAACCUUAGCAUUCCCUGCAUAUUUUUAGUGUCUUAACUAAAGGAGAAGAGGACUUCACUGCCCCUCGACCCUUUGCCAUAUAGUGUUAAAUGUAAACGGUAACAUAUUUUUGGAGAUUCUUGUUUUGACAGCUACAUGCUCCAGAGGCGGCUUUUGUUUUUGUCAUUUUUCUACGACUAGUUUACUGAAGAAGUUUCACCUAAAAAAAACAACAACCACAUUUUCUCCUGGCCUGAUGAACAUAUCACUUUGUGACUUUUUUAUCUUAAUAUCUUGAGACAUUAAAUUUCAAACACAGUUAUUCUGAGUAAAAUUUUGUUAUGCAUAUUUGUGUUUUAACAGAUCCUUUCAUUAGGCUUCCACCAUUAUAAUGUUCUGUUUCAGUCAGCAGACUAAAUUAUUUUUCAGUGUCUUGAUCCAAGCCGUGAUAUACUCAGUACAUUAAGCCGGACUAGAUACUGUAUGUCAUGAAUUUUGUUGAAUAUAAUAGAACUGUAGCACAAUAAUGAACGAAAAGAGUAAACAGGAUUUCCUUUUUUAUUUCAAGACAUUGCUCAUUGUUUUAUUUUGUUUUCCCUAUCAGUGUGCAUGCUUGACAUUUCUCCUUUUAUUAAGUCUUUGGUCUUAAGACUUACUUUAUAUUCCAUUUAUUUCUUUGUAUAUUGUCUUCGAUCAUUGAAACAAGGCUGCCACAUUGAGUGUGUUCUGUGCAAAAAAGCAACUGACAUUAGAAUCAAGAAUGCCACACCAAGAGUUUACAGUAAAGAUGUGUGAUUUAACAACUUUGUUUCAGUGAAAUAAAACCUGAGCUGUUUUUGUGUAUUCUCUGACUGAAUGUGGCCUUGUACUUCAUUUCAGUAUUCACAAGCUUGUAUGGUAUUGGCAAACUUCGUCUGAGGGUAUAAUGUAUGUCACUCCCUGCUCUCUUUUCAUUUUUUAUUUUUUUAUUUUAUUUAAUUUUUUUGUAACUUUUCUGUUCCUCCUCCUGUAUUGCUUUGCUCCUCUGUUUGCCAAGUUGCAUUUUGCUGUAUUCCCAGAUGUUUUCCCUUGUAUAAUAUAUGAAAAAAAGAAAAUCAAAAGGAAAAAAAAAACAUUUGGCUUAUUUUUCACUGUAGUUAGUCUUUUAUACAAUAAUACUGUAAGAAUAUUUCUUGAAUUCUAAAUAUUACUCUUUCUAGAUUUUUGAAAGCAAAAGUUUUGAGUAAAAAGUUUCUUACUUUAUUUUACUAUAUUAGAUAGUAAAAUGUACGGUUAUCUACCAUAACCUGUCCAUUAUUACAAGAAAUUUACAAAUGGCAUCUCGUAAACAUAGAGGAAUAGUGUAGUACCUAAAAAGGCUUUGUACGAGCACCAGAGUCCGACCUCCGGCUUAUUCAGUCUCUAUUGUCAGUCGAUAUAAGAUUUGUUCUUGUGUCAAAUCAAAGGUAUUGUCGAUGCACAUCCACAACCUGCAGCAACGAGAAUCUGAAUUUUCUGUCUUUUUCAACAGAAAAACACAAUGUAUAUAACAUUUAUGUUGCAAUAAAUGUGCCAUCUUUUUUUAAACUCGAUUGUAUGUGCAUUUAUUUCUCUCACUGAUCAAACAUGCUUGUUUCUUUGUUUUCUUCCUUCUCCAUGUUCACAUUUUCUCCUCUUCAUGAAAUUUUGUUUUCUGAAAAGGCACAGGAAGGAUGAAGGUGGCUGAGCUGAGAAACAUGGGGCUUAAUUUAAGGGGGGGUUGUUUUUUAAAGGCAUUUCUACAGUGGAUUUAGGCCAAAUGAGUGUUUUAUAGUAUGUAAUUCUUUUUUCAAAAUAAUACCUGU